AUGCGUCCAAGGGACGCCGGCAGCAGUCAUCCCACGCUGGAAGGACAUGCCUUCUCCAAGGACUGGAACAUUCAAGACUGGAACCGUGCGGGCACCUCGAUGUUUCCCAUCAGCAUCGUUCACUCGCUUGAAAAUAUAUACGUUACGAAGAGCAAGGCAAGUGGCACCGACGACUCAACUCAUCUAGUACUCCGCUCAACCCGAUACGACGACUAUACUUCUACUGCCGAAGUCCAAACCUCAACUGAGAAUAUCCUGCACUGUUCCUUCAGAGUUCGAAUGCGGAUUUAUUCGUCCCCUGAAGAUGGCUCUGGCGACAUAAUUCUUCCACCUGCCGGUGCCGUCGCUGGAAUGUUCACCUACCAUUCCGCAACCAGCGAGUCGGACAUUGAAAUUCUAACAGUUGAUCCGCCUAAUCGGAUACGCUAUUCUAACCAGCCGGAUUGGAACCGAACCACCGAUAAAAUGAUUCCCGGCGCUAGCAAUGCGAUUGACCAUGAAACUCCUUGGACCGAGUGGACGGACCACCGUCUCGAUUGGUUUCCCACGCAGAGCCGUUGGUUUUUCAAUGACGACCUGGUACUUGAAAAGGAAUAUGGCGUGCCUACUUCUCCAAGCGUGCUCGUUCUAAAUCUAUGGAGCGAUGGGGGCCAUUGGUCGGGGAACAUGUCGAUUGGUCAAUCUGUGUAUAUGGGAGUCGAGUGGAUACAGCUUGCGUAUAACACGUCCGACGUUGACCCUGGAGAGACCGAGGACAACGCCGUCGUUUUGACGGGGCACGGAGCUCGUUGGGGAGAGCGAUUCAGCAGCAAUGCAUGGGAGGAGCGUUGGAGUCAUAUAUUCAAGAAAAGCAAGAAAAGAAAGGGUGAAAAGAAGGAGAAGGGAAAGAAGAGUAAAAAUAAAAAGCAGAAGUGUAAAAAGGAAAAAGAACUUCUCGACGAUGGUGGCCAUGAUGAAGACCAAGAGUAUGGCGACCAUGAUAUGGAAGAAGGGCAGGAGAGGAAAUGCAAAAAGGAGAAGUGUAAAAAGGAAAAGAACAAGAAGAAAAAGGACAAGAAGAAGGAGAAAGAAAAGAAUGGCUUCUUGCAGGGGCGCAAUGUGGAUGACGAUGACGAUGAUGAGUACGAUGAGUACGACGAGUACGAUGAGUACGACGAGUACGAUGAGUAUGACGAAGGUGAAGAACAUGACGACUGUGACGAUUCUCAGGACGAUGACCACGGAGAAGACGAUAAUGGCAACCAAUACGCUGGAAAUAGGGAAUGUGCCGUUGUUUGUCAAAUUGAUAAUGUCGAAACGGAAGGUAUUCCGGAGGUUGUCUGGGAUGCGUCUUGGGAGCGGCGUUGA